AUGAUGUACGGUAGCCACAGUAACCUCCAAAAACAGAACUACUCGGCCGCCGCGAGUAGACCGCCCUUCGAGCCCGUCAACACGUCAACUGUUCGUUUUUUACAGAUUUUGUGUUUUUUCACUUAACUGACUUUACCGUUUCUUGCUCAAAAUUUAUCAAAGAUCAAUGAAUCUUCUUCGAUUUUCUUGAGUUGGACACAAAUGUUUUGAAAAAAAAUAUUCUUGUUUUCUGGGAAAUCCAUUGAGUGAAUUUUUUGAGGGAAUCGAAAAAAAAUGCGGCAUUUGGAAUGGCUCAACACUUGUUUCAACUGAUUGCAAUUGAGUUUUAUAAAAAAAAGUGAGCCAUUCCAAAUGCGGUCAUGGUUUUUAUAAUUGAUUUCAAUUAAUUUUAAGCAUAUUAAAAAUUUCAUAGAAUUGCUUAAUCAAAGUCGCGAAUUAGCAAAAUAUCUCUUAAAAGUAAGCCAAAUGAAACGGUAACUUCGUUUUCCAUCAUUAAUUUUUUUUUACCAGGUAAGGUACAUCAAAAGAGUCGAUCCGUCGUUCGAAAAGCCCUUCACGCCGAUUCCAAGGGCCCGCGGGAAGCCCGUCAAACAUUUCGACGAGAUCAUUGCUCAGGUUAGCUCAUUUUGCGGCCUGGAAAGUGCGGACAGUUGUGAUUUUGCAUUCAAAUCAUAUUUCCACACUUUCACGUUUCUUCCAACUCAUUUUUACAAUUAGGCGUCUUUAAGAAUAGUAAUUAGAACCUGACGGAGAUUAUAAAUAGAAAUAAGUUGCGCCCGACUCGCAGCGACUUGCGCCUUCAUCUCUAAAAAAUCCGUUUUAUAUGCAUUUCAUUUGGCUUACUUUUUUUCGAUGAUUUUUAUAUAUUUUUUUUUAAAAGAAAUAAAUUUCAGAAGCCCCAAAAAUACCCGAAGAUUUGACACUUUCGGCGAGAAUGCUAUUGAAACGGUUGGUUUUUUUUUUUGAAUUAAUUUUCUAAUGGUCUAUUCUGCUCUUUGGAUUUAUUAUCAAAAAAAAAUAAUAAAUCUUAGAAGUUUUAGAAGAUUUUUUGACGGAAGCAUGUUUUUCUGAACUUUUCUCCUUGGAGCAUAAUUUCAUCAUUUUUGUUUUUUGCCCUUUUGCCGAUUUUUUGAUCGAUUUUUUCAUGCUGCGUUAUUAUUUUUCGAAGCAAUUUUGUUUUUGAUCAGGACACUUUUUUUGAUUUUUUUAAAAAUCCAAAUCUUUUUGAUAAUAAUGGAAUUUUACAAAGGAAAUCAUAGAAAAUUAAAUUUUUUUCGAAUUUUUCUUAUGUGAGCGUUUUUCUUCGAGCUUUUUGGCUAUAUAAGUUAUGAUUAUUUUUUUAAGCUUCUAAAAAAAUUCUUUUUCUGUUUCAGGCUUUUUUUAAAAAGAAUAUUUCUGAUUUUUUUAAACAUUCCUGCAAAAAAAUUUCGAAUAAUUCCUUAUUAGAUUCCCUAAUUUUCUUUUGCCAAUUUUUUUUCUUAAUUUUUCAUAAAAAUUCUAUAUUUUUCGAGCUAUAAUUUCAUUAUUUCCCCUCUUCUCCAUUCGAAAAAUUCGAAAAAAAACCAAUUUUCCAUGCAAAAAAAAGCCGAAUAUUGGCAACAACGUACAAAUCGUGAUCGAUUUGCGUGUGUUCUAAGCGGAUUUUCGGCGCGCUUCGAAAAGGGGACGGAAACACGAAAUUUCAACGCAAAUAUGUGUAUGUAUGACCGUAUUUGGAAUGGGAAGAGCGGGGAUCAAAAAAAGGCGAAAUUUUUCGAGUUUACUGUUUCAAGGGGCUUAUAUGAUAAUAGUUUAGUUCAGUGUCUUGUUUUAAAAAAAAGGUAUUUAUUGAAAAAGCGAAAUUGAUUCUUGGAAGGGUUUACCGUUUCAGGGGGUUGAUAUAAUAAUAGUUUGAUUCAGUGCCAUGAUUUAACAGAGCAAUGUUUAUUGAUUAAGUGAUCAAGUAAGGGGUGUCCAGUGAAAUAAUAAUACACGGGAAAAAGUCAACCCCAACGACUUGAGUUUUCUUCAGUGUUGUAAUGAGCCUUUUGACCUCAGGGCUGAUAAAUUCUAUAAAAACUCAACCAACAUCGCGGUUUCAAAAAGUUUCCAAAAAAAGAAAUUAAUUCACUAUUAUUGAUUGUAAGGCAUGAAAGCUUCACACGAAUUUCUUCUGGUCUCACUUGGAAUGGGCGAGAUCGUGAAGCGGUCAUGUUCAACUUGCACCCGACCUAAAACGACUUUCGCUCUUAAGCAGUGUGAAGAUGCUUUGAGCCAUUCCAAGUGCGACCACGAGUUUUAGACCGAUACAAUCUAACCAAUAUAGUAAUAAAUAUAGAUGGUUUUUAUGUGAAUCGUUGAAAUAGUAAUCUCAUCUCAUUUUAUUCAAAAUUUUUUUUCGAUUUUCUGGUUUUUUCAAUUUUUUUUAUGUACUGGGAAUUUGUAGAAUAUAUUAUAACAUCGAAAAAAAGUGAAUUUUCAGAUCUACGACGAAUUCAAAUUCCUCGAUGAGCCCGACGUUCCAUCGCCGUCAAGGUCCAGUGGACAGCCAAUCCUGGAAAAAUCCUCAGAAGUUCAUAUUUUUCAAUUUUUUUCUAAAAAAAUGAGAGUUUCGAUCUCUUAUGUUACGCUCAGAACUCGAAAUACUUACGAAAAAAACUUCAAAUGGUUUUUUUUUAUUCUGGACUUUCUUGGUGUUCUAGCGGAGUGUCGUAAAGAAAAAUUCGAAUUUUCUGAUUUUUUGAACUUUCUUGUCAAUGGUUUACUUAUUAUCUCCCAAUCGAAGCUUAAAAAAACUUCAAAAUUUAUUUUUUCUAUUUGUAACUCAACUCUUGACUAGCUUGGUGUUCUAACGGAGUUUCGUAGAGGAAAAUCCAAAUUUCUCGAAUUUUACAUCUUGAUGUCGUUUUUCAGCGUCCUUUGUCACUAUUGAACUUCAAGAUCACCAAAAAAUGUCAUUCUAGACGCUCAAAUUGCCUAACCCCAUCCGCCUUGACGUACUGCUUGCUGCCGUCGGUUCAGCUACUAUUUUCCAGCGCCCUGAUCGUUUUGGCGACUCUGAGAACUCGACAGCUUGUUCAGGUUGGUUUUAAAAAGAGCUAAAACUCUGAAUUCGAAGAUUUAAUGAAGGUUUUGACAAGAAAACGAUGAGUAAUUUUAAAAAAUUUAAUAAUUUUCUUUCAGUUUCAGACGGAAAACUCGACAGUUCGACUGGUAAGCUCUGAAAAUCCAGCCGGCGUCAAUCUUUUCUCAUUGGAAGGUUCAAAUUCAUUCAAAAUUAAGAAAAAAAAUGAAUGAAUCUAGCUCAACGAAUCCUGGGACUCGAAGCAGUGUUAGGAACCUUUCUGCCGGCCAUUUUUCAAGCAGUUUCGGCUCUUUUUGGCUUCUGGCCAAUCGCACCUGGGAAAAAUAUACGAAGAGCGAUGCAGGUAAUUUUUUCGAAAAAAGUUUUCAAGAACUCAACAAUCAAUUAAAGCUAGACUUUGGUCAAAAACUUGUUUGAAAAGGUUUUUUUCUUGGUAUGAAUGCUCGAAUUAUAUCUUAAUAGUUGUAAAAAAAUACAAAACUCUAAUAAGUUAAUAAAAAUAGAAAAUUAGUCGAAAAAUUUGGAACGCUUCACGAAUUUGCGUGUCAUCCUUGCGCAGGGGCCAUGCUAAUCUUCUCUGUAUUGUUCCAAUUUUAGUAUAUGUUCUCGGAAGAACGAUUUGUGUGCAAUGCGUCGGGGUUAUAUACCCCCUCCUUUCCUUGCAACCGACCCCACGCGACUUUCCCCCCAAAACAGCGCGCCUCUCCUCCCCCUGUCCUCUCACUCCGCGCGCUCUCUCUCUUCUCUGCCGGUCUGACGGCGAGAGAUGGCGUCCUCCAAUGAAGUGUGCAUCCGAGCGCGAGCCGCUGCGGGUCGGAGGCAGCAUAAGAGGGGAUCGUCGUCAGUGGACGGCUCAUAAACUUACCUGGCUGGGAGGAUCUCGCGAUCACCAAGGCGGGAACUCCAUGGCGAGGCCUGAUCAUUGCACUUCAGAUCGGGCUGACCUGUGUGGCAGUCUCGAGUUGAGAUUCGCCAACAGCUUAAUUUUUGCGUGAGGGGUUGCGUUCGCGCGACCCCGGAAAGACUGGACAUGAAAACACCAAUCUUUGAAACUCUGGUUACUCAGGGCGAAAUUUUAAAAUUUACUUGUAAAAUCCACGACGCUCAUUAAAACUGAAAAAAAACGUUUUUCCUUAGAAAUUCACAAAAUUCGAACAUUUUCCAGACGCUCCACAUCAUCUUCACGUGCAUUUCAAUCUUCCUCUGGGUGGACACAAUCUACGACUUUUCACUGGAAAUCGUCCUCGAUUACUUGCAAAAUCCAGCCUCUGGACCACAAACGUAAUUAUAUCCAAAAAAUUCUGUAAAAUGCGGACGUUUCAGAGAAAAACUGAUAACGGACACAGUUUUACUGUUUCUGGGGUAUCUGGAAACGUUAAUUUUGCCGGCGAUCACUUUGGCCGUCGCCGCCUUCAAAUUGGGCACUUCCGAUCGAUUAAUCAAGGUUUUUUAUACAUUGCUCGAAUUUGGAAUGGCUUGAAGUUAAUUUUGAAGCCUCAGCGCGAAAGUCGGUUUUGGUCGGGUGCAAGCCAUUGCUUGUCCGCUGAAUUUUUUUAAAAGUUUCCAUUUCAGUCCAACGUCUUAUCCGUCUCUAUAUCACUUGGAUCUGUCAUUUUCGCGACUUCCACCUUGAUCGUAGCCGUUUUUGCGGCCCAAGCGAGUCUCAGUGGCCCAAGCGCCAAAUGGUUUUUUUAGCUUAUGAUUCCUGUUUCGGAUAAUUUUUUUUAUGGAGUUUUUUAUUUUUUGAUAUGUUUUCGAAGUCGAAAACUCACUAUUUUUUCAAAAGAUUGGCAUCGAUUUUUUUGAAGGUUUUUCUUCCGAGACCAUUUUUUUAUCAAUUUAUGAAAUCUUAAAAAUCAAUCUUGUAAGCUUUUUUUCUGUAGAAAUCGCAACAGAAAAUAACAAAUAUUCAUUUUUCAGGACGACAUUGAACGAGGAGCUCAACAAAUCCGGUCUUUUCGCCUACGGCCUGAAAGACGCGAUAGUUUUCGGGUUCGUCGCGAUUUCUGCGAUUUUUUCGCUCGUCGCCGCGACUCUGCGACGUCGCGGACUCGUCUUGGCGGCUACUAUUGGCCAGGGGUUCGUUAUUUUCGAAGAUAAAAAUUGGAAAAAAACCAAGCAGAGUAGCCAGAUAACAUCCAUGAAAAAAUAGCCGCCUGGUGUUCUCAAAAGUGCGCUCUAUGGCUAAAAACUGAGCUUUUUCACCUAAAUGUUUGAUUGGAAUAAAUUCUUCCUCUCACCACAUCAAACUUCGCUCCAACGAUAAUAAAGGCCCUUUUGGAUGAAAAUUCGAUUUCAUGUCCUUUACUCGGAAUUUGCGCUCCAUUGAUAAAGUUAUAGUUAUCAUUCACUAAAUUUAAUUUCCACAAUAGUAUACUGAUCACGAAAACAACGAAAUUAUAGGUCCUAAAAAAAUAAUAAUGAAUUAGUUCAUUUCCCUGCAACACAGUAUUUUUUUACUUAGCGGGAAGUUAUUCAGAAUCCAAUAAAUUGAACUAUCGUCUGAUUUCCGUAAGAAACCCAUAAAAAAAAAGAAAAAAAAAAUCAACUUUUGACAAUUUAUUGCUCAGGUUAUCGAUCGCGUUGGUGACGUCACACGUGGUGACGUCAGAACGGCUGACGUCAUUGGCGCUGAACGUACAGAUCGUUCAGCGAAUCCGACAGGACGUCCCAAUCUCCGAAUUGACGUUGGUUUUUUAAUGUCUUCGUAGCCUAGAGGAUAAAGUUCUAGUCUGUUGAAGUACAGGUCGCUGGUUCGAGUCCUCUCCCCGCCCAUUUUGUUUUUGCAGUUUUUUUUUAAAUUCCGCUAGCCUCCCUUACCAACGUUUCUCUUCAAGGCUUACAUUAUAGCCUAAUGGCUAAAGCGCUUGACUAAAAAAGUAUAGGUCGCUGGUUCGAGUUCUCUCCCCGCCUAUUUCGUUUUUUGCUGUUUUUGCAAAAUGUGUUUUCACUAGCCUACCUUACCAACGUUUCUCUUCAAGGCUUAGAUUAUAGUCUAGUGGCUAAAGAGCUAGACUUUAAAAGUAUAGGUCGCUGGUUCAAGUCCUCUCCUCGCCUAUUUUGUUUUUUGCUCUUUUUUUCUUAGUUCCGCUAGCCUACUUUGCCAUCUUUCCUGUUCAAGAAGAAAAUUAUAACCUAUUGCGGAAAACUCUAGUGGCCAUUUAAGGGGUUCUUCUUCAAGGACCACGUGGAGAGGGCACUAAAGUGACCACUACAACCGCCUCUCUAGAAGCCACUAUUUUUUGUCUUAGGGCUCACAAUAGUAGUUUGAGUAACUUCUGAAGAGACCACCAAUUUUACCCCUUUAGUGACCACUUUAUCGACCACUAAAGCAACCACUAGAGCAUCAAAACCCUAAAGUGGCCUCUAAAAAUGUUCCAGAGACUCAUCUUCAUUUUUUUUCCAGUCUGAUCCUUCUGAGCGGCUGCUGCGCGACCACAUGCGCUCUACUGACAAUCCAACUGGCAGUUUUUCGUCGCGGCGAUUUUUUCGCGCGAACAAAAUCGCCGACCUACGUUGCAGAUUCAGUUCAAAGGACACAGUGUUGAGGACAACUUUUCGACUGGUUUUUUUUCGCUCAAUUCUUUUUCAGUUUGUUUUUUGUGAAGAAAAAGGUUUUUUUUAAGGUUCCGUUGAACAUGAAAAAAAAGGAAAUGUCGGAAAGAAGGGAGUUUUCUAUCGAGAAACAUGAUUAAUGCAGAAGAAAACAUUUUGAAAACAGUUAUAAAAUGAAAAAUCAGUCGCAUUUGGAACGACCCAGAGCAAGAAAAAUUCAAAAAUUUGCCUUUGAACUCCAAAAAACCUCCUGAAAGUUUUCUUUUUUAACAUCAUCCCAUUGAUCUUCUCCAUUAAAAACAAAUUUCUUCGAAAAAAAGUCUUAUUUAUUAUCAGGAAGAUUUUUGACUUGCAUAAAACAGUCUUACAAGUUCUUUCAAUAGCAGGAAGAAUCUCAGAACUUUGGCUAUAAGGAAAAAAAUUUCCUAUUUCAUUCAAAAAUGCUCUCAAAUCUGAUUAAAAACUAUAAGUUUCCCUGAAAUUUUCACCUCGAAACAUAAAUUUUAAGCUUCAUUCAUUUAUUGAAAGUAUUAUGAAGUUCCCCGAUUUUCACAACCAAUAUGGACUCAAAAUUUUGAACAAAAAACGAUUUUAUAUUGAAUUUCGUGAACUUUGAUAUGAAUUACUUUUUGAAUUUUAUAAAGAUGAGAGAAGGAUUAUGAGUAAAACUUUCGAAAGCAGAAGAUCUAAUUAAAAACGAAGGAAACGUAUGUCAUUUAGCUUCCACGAGUCUCAUUCCAUCUUCUCGUCAAAUUUUGGCGAUUAUUCCUUCUUUCAAUCUUUGUUUUUACCUUUUUUGUUAGAAAAUAUGACAGAAAAGGAUUUUUCACACCGGAAACUGUAGAAAACGUGCGUCAAACCAAUUUUUUCCACCUCAAAUCGUGCAAAUUACUACCUUUCGUCUCAAAAACCUACUCGGAUUGCUUAAAAACACUUCCAAAUUCUUUCAAAAGCAAAAAGAAGUAGUUAGAAAAAUGGCAAAAAGAAGGAAGGUCCCGGGGAGAUUUGAACUCCCGUCGCAGGAUUCAGAGUCCUGAGUGCUAACCGCUACACCACGGGACCGGCGACGGUGAUGAGCGAUCGCCGGUCACUUAUCACCUGCUGCUGA